AUGGCCAUGCACACUCUUUUCUGUGCUUUGUUUAUCAUGGUUCUGAACGUUGCACUAAGCCAAGGGCUCACCGUGGAGCUCAUCCACCGAAACUCACCGCAAUCUCCUCUAUACAACGCCUCCGCCACUCCUGAGGACUUGUCCACUGACGCGGCAAGUCGCUCACUUGCUCGUUACCGAAACUACUACACCCAAAGGAAAAUCAAGUCCACUGUUAUUCCAGACGGUGGGAAUUACCUAAUGAAGCUUGCCAUCGGAACUCCACCGGUUCAACAAUAUGCUAUCCUCGACACCGGCAGUGACCUUAUAUGGAUACAGUGCCAGCCUUGUGACAACUGUUACCAACAAGAUUCUCCGUUGUUUGAUCCGUCUCAAUCGUCCACUUUCUCCUACAACGUUGGAUGUAAUUCUAAUGCUUGUAAUGCGCUUCCUAGAAGCGGAUGCGGCCUGAUAAAUAACCAGUGUCUGUACGAUUAUCAAUACGAAGACCAGUCGUAUACAGACGGGGAGUUAGCCACGGAAACCUUCACUUUCGAUGAUGGCCAGUCCGGUACGGAGUUUCCCCGGACUGUUUUUGGUUGCGGUCACAUGAACGCGGGCACUUUCUCUCGUGCCUCUGGACUGGUCGGUCUCAGCCAAGGCCAUUUGUCCCUCAAUUCUCAACUAUCAUUCACAAAAUUUUCCUACUGUUUAGUCCCCGUCAUUUCGGGACUAAACAGCAAACUAAAAUUCGGGGAGGAUGUUGUUGUAUCGUCAGCUGCUAACGCUGUUUCCACCCCUCUCCAGAGUCAAAACGAUGGUUUUUAUCAUCUCAACCUCGAGGCCGUUACCAUCGGAGGCAAUACGAUACAAAGCCCGAUGUCUGGAGGGGGAGAUAUAAUCAUUGAUUCCGGAACUACACUCAAUUACUUGGACCCGGUUUUGUAUGAUAAUUUGGAAGCCGCAGUACGUGAUAUGCUCGGCCUAAACUCCGUGCAACAUCCAGACGGAGUUUACAAUUUAUGUUACGAAACAGAAUCACUAACCGCAGUCCCUGAAAUACAAAUGACGUUUCAUUUUACAGGAGCUGAUGUGGUCUUGAAUUCGAUUAAUAUAUUUGGAGAUGGAGGUUACGGUUUAAGUUGCUUGUCAAUGUUACCUUCCGACGGAUAUGGUCUUAACAUAUAUGGCAACCGAGCUCAGAUUAACUUCCAAGUUGAGUAUGACAUCGGAAGUAAACAAAUUUCGUUUGCACCUGCAGAUUGUACCCGGUUCUAA